AUGUCUUCCCUCUCACUGGGCCCUUUGUUAUCUCCAAUCCGCAAGAAGUCCACGAAGUCGAGACGUGUACCUCCGAAUGCCGUUGAUUGCAGCAAUCAUAUUGACCUCGACGACGCUGCCGAUCUUCCAUCUCCAACCAAGCGUGUUCGACUAGCUUCUCACGAUUCCACACCACCGGCUGGGCGUGUCCGACUAGCUUCUCCAGACUUCGGUCCUCCAACCAAGCGUCCUCGACUAGCUUCUCAGCCGAAGCAAGUCGCACCGAAGCAGUCUGUCGAUGAGCACAAGGAGUGGGAGGACGACUACAAGCAGCGGAACGAGGAGUACAAGCGUCGGGAUGAGGAGUACAAACGUCGGGACCUUGAACGCCAAGGCCGUGUCGAAGCGAACAAGGCAGGAAAAUGA